AUGUAUACCCCUAACCUUUUCUCAAAUGAUCUAUAUAAGUUAUGGAAUGAUCCUGCUAACACCCAAGAUUCUAACAACAAAAUAGAUAAAGAUAUCAAGAAUAAAUUAUAUGCUCCUCCAUUAUCAGCAUAUUCUACUGAUUUCCCUGGAGCUAGUCUAUAUCAUUUGCAAUAUACCAUCAAUUCAACAUCCAAAAACUCACAAAUAUUUGAAAAUACUCCAUUAACCCAAUCCAAGAGAGCUCAGUUGGCAAAAAUUAGAAAUACUGGAUAUACAACAAUACGUCCCAUUGGAAUUAUUCAAACAUUAGAAGAAAUUGAAUUAGAGAAGAAUUAUUAUAAUCUGGAAGAACAUUCAAUAAAUUCACAAGGAGGAGAAGGUGAUGCUGCAACAGCUAUUGAAAAUUCAAAUGAUCCAGUAACAGGAGUAAAUGGAAGUACAGUAUCAAUUCAACAACAAAUUCAAUCACAAAGUGACCAACAAUCAGAAAUUGAUUUGGACGCACAAAUUUUAAAUGCUGAUGAUAUGUAUUCUGCAAGUGAUGAUGAUGACGACGUCGAUGAUAUUAAUGAAAAUUUUCUCAAUGAACCCGAAGAAGAUAGUCUCAGAGUAAGGGUGGGAGCCACUAUGGAUGAUGAAGGUUUUAUGGCUGCUACAGAAAUUGAGUAUCAAGAUGAUCAUAGUUUAAAUUCUGAAACUCAUAAUGUAAUGUUAAUGGGCAGUGGUACUAGUGGAGCUAGUACUAAUACUCAAUUCAACUCAAGUGCAAAUACUGGACAUACGGUUAUUACAAAUGCUACUACAACUACUGAUAGUUCAUUACUACGCAUAGAUGAACAAAAUGAGAAUGACUAUUCUGAACAAGAUAUGGUUGUUGAUUAA